AUGUCUAUUUUGCCCAGUGCCAAUGUACACCUGAAACACAAAAUCAGCCUAUUUGAUUUAAAACGUCGGCACGGCUCUCCUUUUAAGGCGUCACAAGAGUCUCUGAAUAUGAGCGCAGGGUCGAAGUCCAGUGCUUUAACCGCUGAUCAGUUUUAUCAAGAUAUAUCACAUAGAAAUCACGUCGUUAGGCGGGAGAAGAUCAUCAAAGAUGCUAUUCAUGGACACAUUAAAUUACCUGCCCUCUGUGUCCGAAUCAUUGACACGCCGCAGUUUCAGAGACUCAGGUUUCUGAAGCAGCUAGGUACGACCUCUUUCGUGUAUCCUGCGGCAUCUCACAACCGCUUCGAACACUGUCUCGGGACAUGUUAUCUGGCGGGGAAGAUGGUGAAUGCCCUUCGAAGCCGCCAGGAGGAACUCGAAAUAACUAAGGCGGACGUUUUGUGUGUUCAGAUCGCGGGCCUCUGCCAUGACCUCGGCCACGGCGCCUUCAGCCACGUCUUCGAGACGUUCAUGAAGGAAUCCGGGAAGAAGGAAUCCGGAAAGAGGUUCAAGCAUGAAGAGAUGUCCUGUAAGAUGUUCGACCACCUCCUCAGCGAGAACAACAUCAUGCAGGAUUUUAGAAGAGCAGGGCUGGACGAGAAAGACGUUCGGUUUAUCAAGGAUCUCAUCGUUGGAGCAAAGCCUUCAGUUGAAGAAAACGGGAGAACAGCAGCCAAGGCUUUCCUUUUCGAGAUCGUGAACAACAAGAGGACGGGCGCCGACGUGGACAAGUGGGACUACUUCCUCAGGGACUGCCACGGCCUCGGCAUCAACGUGACCUUCGAGUACGAGAGGCUGGUUCACUUCUCCAGGGCGGCCGAGGUCGAGGGCGAGUGGCAGAUCGUCUUCAAGGAGUCGGAGGCGGAGAACCUGUACGAGAUGAACCACGCCAGGAUGAUGCUGCACAAGAAGGCCUACCAGCACCGCGUCGUCAAGAUCAUCGACCGAAUGCUAGUGGACGCCCUUCUAGAGGCUGACAAGUAUGAGGACAGAAAUGGACAAAGCUUCAAGUUGAGCGAAGUGUGCAACGACUUGGCGGCCUACACUUACCUCACCGAUGACGUCAUGUACCAGAUUCUGCGGAUGCCUUCCGGGUCCCCUCAUCUCGAGAAAGCCAAGUUGAUCCUGCAAAACAUUCUUACAAGGAACUUAUACUCUUACGUCGGGGAAUUUACCGAGGCGGAUGUGAUCGAUGUGGAGAAGACAAAGCAGACACUCAUGAACACGUUCCCCGGCGCAGAGUGCCUGGAAAAGAGAGUCAAAUUUGGCAGCGAGAAUGGAAAUCCUUUGGCAAAGCAGCAUUUCUACCGCAGGGGAAAUAGGGGGGGAUUCAUAACUCUGAGGCCGGAACAGGUCUCUAGAAUGCUUCCAAGAGAGUUCGAGGAUGUCAAAUUUUACGUCAUUACAAAGGACUACAGGGCGGAACAAGAUACUUCGACGAAGAUAAAGAAGGAACAGAUCGCGGAGUUUCUCGAGAAAGAAAAAAUGGAAAAGAAAGAAAAAAUGGAAAAGGAAGAAAAAUGGAAAAGUAAGAAAAAAUGGAAAAGUAAGAAAGAAUGAUGAGACACUAAAUUCCCUUAUUCGUGGAAAGAAAAUACGUUUAGUAUAGAUCCCCGAUGUCUAUUUUGCCCAGUGCCAAUGUACACCUGAAACACAAAAUCAGCCUAUUUGAUUAAAGUAUUUCUGUGGAAUUCUUUAUAUUUCUAUUACAAUAUAUACAUUAUGUGUGGAUAUGAGUGCUUGUAGGUCCACUUGUAGGCUUACAGUAGUUUAGGUUUGUGUAAUAAUUCAUUCUCUCUCUCUCUCUCUCCCUCUCUUUCUAUACACACACACAGACACACACACACACACACACAUAUAUAUAUAUGGGCACUGAAUCAUAGAUCCUCUUGAUUAAACAAUAAAUAUAU